CCUUUUAUAUAUGUCAAUGGUGUGCACACAGCUCCCCGCCAAGUUGUAUAUGGUUAAUGUCGCCUGUUACUUUAGAUUGAAUAAGUUCCACAUUGGUUUUCUGGAAGUUUAUCAAUAACCGCUUGGAUUCAUAAAGUAGGCCUCAGGACUCCUCAUAUAUUUCAACAUGGUGUCAGAAGAGGGAUGAAUUCAUCGCCUCCAAGUUCCACGUGACUUUUUGUUUUCGUCUCGAGCGGACACACAACUCAGUAGAAAUAAUGGCGGAUGGAUUCCGCAGACCAGACCCCGUCGUUUUUGACGGGAACGUGGCCGAGAAUUGGCGGAUUUUUGAACAGGAUUAUGAUAUCUUCAUAGCAGCGGCGCACUCGGACAAGCCUGCCAAAACAAAAGCGUACAUCCUGCUUAAUCUCGCGGGACCGGAGGCCAUCGAACGGGAGCGCUCGUUUGUUUACGCGGCGGAGGUGAGGGCGCCCGGUGGAGACGGAGCCGUCGUGGUUCCAGCUGAAUCCAGAGAAAACCCGGAGUGUUUGAAACGGAAAUUUCGUGAAGUGUGUAACCCUCAACAACACAACAACAAAACCAUGGAGAGACACAAGUUCCAUUCACGAAAUCAAAAGCAAGGUGAGACUAUUGAGUCCUACGUCAGUGACUUGAGGAUCAAAGCUGAAAGUUGUCACUUUGGAGACCUGACGGAGGAACUGAUUUGUGACAGAAUAGUGUGUGGCAUCAGGAAUGACAACAUAAGAAAGGCGUUGCUACGUGACAGUGAAUUAACCCUAACGAAAGCCAUUGCUAUCUGCCGCAUGUAUGAAAUGACUGAGGAGAAUAAUAAGGCUCGAGCCCAGCCCCAGACGGCCGAGGCGGGUACGGCUGCAGCCCGCAGCGUCCCAUGUCACGCAGUCCCGUCUCAUGCCGAGGCGUGUCCAACGGUACACAUCAGUGUCUUUAAAAAAAAUAACACACCCCCGGUGACACGAUGCACGGUGUGCUGUACCGACCAUCAUUGCCCCCUUUGCCCCACUUCCAUAUACAAGCCCCGGUGUAGGGCAAAGGUUUUGCAGCACAUGGAGGUGCAUGUAAAGAAUGCCAUUCAACAUGAAGAUUUCUUCAUAACAAAAUGCCACCAGGCCUGCAGGAGUGGAAGCAGUGGUCACUUCCACUGCCCUUUCUGCCUCAAGACCACAAUAAAGAGGCAGGCCAUACUGAGGCAUUUGCAGAUCUGUAGGCCACCUCUCCAUGACGCCCAGCUGGACGCUGAUGCAGACUGCAGAGAGAUGGGCGUCAAUUCCCAGACAGAGGAGUGCAAAGCAGGAUCUGUGAGCCUACCUCAUAUCAGCUCUGACAAACUGCCUGAACCGGUACAUGAUGGUGAAAUACAAGGACAAAGAGACCCAGCAGAGAGACCCCAAGACCCAAGGAUAAGGAGGAGGCAAAGAGGCCCAGGACAAUCCCUCCUCAACAGUCGGUGAGGUUGGACGAGGAAGGCGGAGUGAGCUGCGAUAGCUGGGACAAGUUCUGGGGACCCCCCCACCCUGGAUUCUGAUACGGCAGGAUUUCCUGAGGAGGGAUAACAAGGAUCUGCACACACAAGAAUACAAAUAAUAAACAUGUUACACUCUUC